UUCAGUCGCACUCCGGGCCUGCUCGGCGCUGGGUCAGCCGGCGACCUGUGCCGACCCCGGGUCACUCUGAGGAGUGCAGUGGUGACCGCCGAGUCCGACCAGACUCUCACCCAGCCAGCGGAGUGGUCAGUCGACCCGCCCGGGCCCGGACUGAUUCCGAAACGAAGUUGAUUACUGUAACCAAAUUACGCUCCGACCGAGAGUAGCACGGGUCGCUGAAAUUGAAACACUCGAGAGUUGCGGCGAGGUCAAGUGGCGGAAACUGAGGCUCGUCCGACACCUCCGGUCGCAAUUCUGAGCUUCUGAUAAGCGCCGAGGGAGAACUGCUCUGCCGACUGUGCCUUACCCGCUCUGCCAUGUUCUCCGCACCAUUCGACCCUGCGCUGGCCCAGUUCAGACGGCAUUGAUUUUACGCCGGCGACAAGCGACCGAGAGACGGAGAUAGGGAGGACGGUGUGCGGCGGCGGCGGCGGUCCAGAAGCCAGCCGGCGCGUCUCAGACGGCGAGCAGCUACUCGACGUGCUGAUGUGCCACAUAUCACGGUGAGAGGGGGGUUCCAUCCUGGCCGGUCAUGGCAUGGCCGCGUCGGCCGUGACCUGGGGGCCGACCGUUCCCAGCGGAGCUGUGACCGGGCCGGAGGGCGGCGACAGCCCGCUGCUGGCCGGAGACGCGGCCGCCACCUCCGAGCCGCCGCCGCCGCUGCCGCUGCCGCUGACGACCCUGCUGCUGAAGCUGGCCGCCAUGACGGCCAUCAUCGUGAUGGCCGUGCUCGGCAACCUGCUGGUGAUCGUCAGCGUCCUGCUGCACCGCAGGAUCCGAGUCGUGGCCAACUGCUUCGUGGUGUCGCUGGCGUUCGCCGACAUGCUGGUGGCGCUGUGUGCCAUGACGUUCAACGCCAGCAUCCAGAUCACCGGCCGCUGGAUGUUCGGCUACGUCAUGUGCGACAUGUGGAACUCGUUCGACGUGUUCUUCAGCACGGUCAGCAUCCUGCACCUGUGCUGCAUCAGCGUGGACCGCUACUGCGCCAUCAUGCGGCCGCUCGAGUACCGCUCGCGCAUGAACAAGCGCACGGUGGCGGCCAUGCUGACGGCCUCGUGGACGGCGCCGGUGCUCAUCUCGUUCCUGCCCAUCUUCCUGGGGUGGUACACGUACCAGUCCCACCUCGACUACCGGGCGCGCCACCCCAACAUAUGUCAGUUCAUCGUCAACCGCACCUACAUGCUGGUGUCGUCGACCAUCUCGUUCUGGCUGCCGGGCGUUGUCAUGGUGUGCAUGUACAGCCGCAUCUAUCAGGAGGCGCGCCGCCAACACCGGGCCAUCAGCCGGGUGCCGAGCAGCGCGCGCUUCAGCGCCGCGCACGCCGCCGUCAACCUGGCCGAUAUGUCGGACGAGCAGCUGUCGCUGGCACUGACGGCGCUCAACAACAUACGCGAGGAGCCCGAGCCGGAGCCGGCCGCCGAGCUCAUGUCGCCCCUGUCCGCCGGCGAGGGGCACGGCGGCGGCGCGGCGGCAGCGGGCGACAGGCCGCCGCGGCCGCACCGGCCGCCGCCGCUCUCCAAGAAGGCGUCCUCCGUCUCAUUCGGCGAGAAGCUGGACUUUUCGCGCAAGACGUCGACCAACUCCCGGCUGGGCCGACUGCGCUACUCCACCAGCCAGAUGCUGCGAGAGCACAAGGCGGCAAAGACGCUGGGCGUCAUCAUGGGCUGUUUCGUGCUCUGCUGGCUUCCGUUCUUCUCGUGGUAUGCCACGACGACGCUGUGCGGCCGCGCGUGCCACGUGCCGCCAGUUCUGGUCGACAUCCUCUUCUGGAUCGGCUACUUCAACUCGACGCUGAACCCCAUGAUCUACGCGUACUUCAACACCGAGUUCAGGGAGGCGUUUCGGCAGACUCUGUCGCUGCUGUGCUGCCGACGGCGGACCGGCGCCAGCUCGCUCACCAGACCGUCGAACCUGAGCUGCGUGCCCUCGGCCGGUGACGGUGGCGGCGCGGCGCGCCCCCGGCCCUGCCGGACCCCCACUCUGCAGUCUUUCCCGGGCCGCGCGGCGCGGUGCGAGUGACCGCACGCCGACCUCAUCCCACACACUCUGCCCCAUAAGUGAUCCGUCCACUGUCCCUGGAGGAAGGGGGCCCAUAACCAGAGCGCGGGACGCCGCGAAUAUGUAUUUUUGAACGGUUUGCGUCAGCGACGCGAGGACGGGUGCCCCUUGUUGCGUGUUUGGUUACCGCUGUUUGAAACUGUGACCUGCAGCCACCAUGGGAACAUCGGCUCGGCCUGCAGGCUGCCGUGCAGUGUGCUAUAACCGAGCGUACCUGGCUGUUCGAUAGCUCACCCUACAUUGACCAAUGCAAUGGUUCAAUACAU